AAAACUAUUUGCGAACAGUGUUACAGAGGACAACAAUGCUGUUUGCAAUUGUUCAUUUUAUAUGAGCAAUGGGGUUUUCCAUUGCCCCAUAAUGUAAAGCUGUAUAUAUCUUACUGUCCCUCCUUUCUCUUCAUGUUAAUUGUCCAAUUUUAUUCCAUGGCUUCCAUUCCUUGACUUUAAACAUCCAUAAGGUUUAUCAAAUUCCUACCAUGGUUUCACGCUGGCUGAGGAGAUUCUCCUCAACGCCGUCAUGGCGCUCUAACACCCCCAACGGGGCAUCCAACACCCGCGAGGCGCCCUUUUCUGUGUUUCGCGAUGUGCCCGCGCUGCGGCAAUAUCGAAAGCAGUUACUUCUGUCCAAGAGAACCGUUGGUUUAGUCCCGACUAUGGGUGCCUUACAUGAUGGCCAUCUGUCUCUAAUCCGCCAAGCAGCUAUCGAAAACACAGAUGUGUUUGUUAGUAUCUUCGUUAAUCCAACCCAAUUCGGAGUUAAUGAGGAUCUGGACAAAUAUCCAAGGACGUGGGAGGCAGACAUCCAAAAAUUAAAGGAAUUAGAUGAAGAGCUGGCACUCGCAAGGACUGGUUCGGCGCGAGGACGCAUCUCUGCAAUUUUUGCCCCAACGAACAAGGCCAUGUAUCCGACACUGCCGCCAACAUCUGAACUGGAUGGAUACGGUUCAUUCGUUACCAUCACGCCUCUAGCGACACUGCUGGAAGGAGCUUCGCGGCCUGUAUUUUUUCGUGGAGUGGCCACCGUCUGCAUGAAAUUAUUCAACAUUGUAACGCCCGAUCGAGUCUAUUUUGGCCAAAAGGAUGUGCAACAGACUGUCGUAAUCAAGCGGAUGGUGACGGACUUACAUGUCGGGACUGAUGUGAAAUUGGGACCUACAAUACGAGAAGAAGAUGGUUUGGCAAUGAGCUCGCGGAAUGUGAUGCUUGGUGCAAGACGACGCAAGGUUGGACUUGUACUGUACCAAGCGCUCAAGGAAGCGGAAAGGGCAUACUUGUCGGGCAAGCGCGACCGAGAGGAUAUCCUGCGACCCGCAAAUCGACUUGUGGAGUCCAUUGCACGUGAACAGGAAGCCCUGCCACCUUCAGAGCGGGCAACAUUCGAGCUCGACUACAUUUCGCUCGCAGAUGUUGACUCGCUCGAGGAGUUGCAAGUAGUGGAUGUCUCAAGAGGUGCCGUCUUAAGUGGUGCUGUGAAAAUGCUGCCUAUAGAAAGCCCGCAGCCUGGCGAAGAUUGUGGGAAUAAUGGAGGUGAUACCCCCGUGAGAUUGAUUGACAAUAUUAUCAUUUGAUGCCAGCCUUAAAUGAUAUGGAUGGAAUGGAUGAUUUCGGGUGGCAGUUUAUUUUGAAAUAGACUAGCUAUGUUAUCUAUCGACUGAUGAAUUUCGGGUAGCCAUCUAAUGAGAUUCUUGAAUAAUACCAUUUCCUUCAAAUC